AAAACUCAAGCAGUAACACUCUUAUCACUUAAAAAACAGACCAACAAGAACAAAAACAAACCCAAACCAUACCCUUGUUUAGUUUUGAGGUCAAAGGUUUGAGAAAGAAACAGUACAAAGAACAAAGAACAAAGAAAAGGGCAUUCGAGAUCAGAGAUGGGAUCUGGGGCUGGAAGUUUUCUUAAGGUCCUUCUUAAGAACUUUGAUGUUCUUGCUGGGCCAGUUAUUAGUCUUCUGUAUCCUCUCAGCUAUGCCUCCGUUAGGGCAAUUGAGUCUGAGUCUCGUGCCGAUGACAGACAAUGGCUUACAUAUUGGGUUCUCUAUUCCAUGAUUACGUUGCUGGAGCUCACCUUUGCCACAGUCAUUGAAUGGAUUCCUAUCUGGUCCUAUGCAAAACUGAUUUUCACCUGCUGGCUAGUUAUCCCAUACUUCAGUGGUGCUGCCUACGUUUAUGAGCAUUAUUUGAGACCUUUCAUUAUCAACCCACAACAGACAAUUAACAUCUGGUAUAUUCCGAGAAAGAAGGACUUCUUCAGUAAGCCAGAUGAUAUUUUAACUGCUGCCGAGAGAUACAUGGAAGAGAAUGGAACUGAAGCAUUUGAGAAGCUCAUUCAUAGGGCUGACAACUCUAGGAGUAGCGGUUUCAUAUAUGAUGAUGACGGCUACAGGCAUUAAUCCUUAUGGCCCAUUAGCUCUAGUGUAUUUUGCUGUUAAGAGAAGUCACCUGUGUCAGUAUCAUCCCAAAGAGACUUUUUUUCUUGUGAAGAACUCUGAAUGCUUGUGUAAUGUUAUGUAAUUAUGUUAGGCUGAUCUUUUGAUCUUGCUCAAAACGUUCUUAUGGUAGAUACUCUUUGGGGAUUUGCCACUGAAUCUUGGCAUAUUUUUUCAUGUGGCAGUAGGAUUAUUAUUAAAGUUAAAGCAUGAUAAUGUGCUCAGUUUCCAAAGUUGGACAAAGGAUCAAAAGUAAAUUGAUUAAUGGAAUGGGGCCUUGAAAACAAUAACAGGCUAAAUCAAAAUGGGAAA